GGAACGCGCGUCAGAAACGGUCAAGUGCACGUAUACUUCUUCUCCGUUUAGGCUUCCCUAUACCCGACGUCCACCCGACCUCCACUCGACUAUAUAAAAGCUAGAGUCGCCGCUGUACGAUCCACACAGUCGUGGAUUCUCAAUCACGGACCUUUCAAUUCUCGUCCGCAGCGUCUCAGUCAAGCUUCCGCGUCAAGAUACGCUUAUUCUUCUGCAUCGACAAUCCUUACGGAAUACGAUGAAGGGAUUUCUCUUGGUUUCGCUGGCCUCGCUGAUCGCCUUGGCCAUUGCCGCCGAAAAAUAUCCUGAGAAAUAUGACAACGUGGACGUGGACAGAAUUUUACUGAACAAUCGUGUCCUCACUAAUUAUAUUCGGUGCUUGAUGGACGAGGGACCCUGCACCGCCGAAGGUCGCGAACUGAGAAAGACAUUACCAGAUGCUUUAUCAACUGGUUGCAGCAAGUGCAACGACAAACAAAAGACUACAGCAGAGAAAGUAAUAAAUCAUCUUAAAACGAAGCGAUCCAAAGAUUGGGAUCGACUUAUCUCUAAAUAUGAUGCGAAUGGCGAAUACAGAAAGCGUUUCGAGCAAUCAUAAUUUUUUAUAUAUAUUUUAACGUAGCCAUAUCUUUUUUUUACUUAUAAAACAAUAAUCAUCACGUAAACCAUAAUUUGUUAAUUGUGAAUAUACGUCAUUGCGGAAUAGUAAUACGAUACGAUGACUUAUUCGAGUAGAAGUCGACUAGUUAUAUAAACUGAAUAACGAAUGCUUUGUCUUAAUUAGUUGUUGCUGAGUUUACACGAGUGCGACUCUAUUUCGUUUAUAUCGCAAAAUACAAACAAGUAUAACGCAA